AUGCCCGAAGAAACCAAAAACGUCACAUACCGCGGAAACUGCCACUGCGGCGCCUUCGUCUUCGAGACGACGCUCCCCGAGCCGCUCAAGUCCGCCUUCCACUGCGACUGCAGCAUCUGCACGAAAAAGGGCUACCUCUGGGUCUUUCCCGGCAAGGGCAACGUGGAGGUUGUCAAGGGCAGCCUAGAGGGGCUGACGGCGUAUGUGUUUGGGCCGAAGAAGUUGAAGCAUUUGUUUUGUCCAAAGUGUGCUACUCCUGUGGCGGGCUCUUCGGAGGAUGAGGAGGCGGAUUUGCAGCUUGCUCUGAAUGCCCAUUCGUUUCAAAACUUGGUCACCUGGGACCUAGAGAGAGUCCCAUAUGAUGGCGCUUCCCGAGGAGAACCCUACAAGCCCCCAGUCCACAAAGGAGCCCUGCCUACGCCCGACGCCGACGACGAGCGCGUCUACACGGGCAGUUGCCAUUGCGGCGCAGUCACCGUCGCCACGGCGAGCAAGCCGCUCGACGAGACCUUCGAGGGGGCCAUAGAAUGCAACUGCAGCAGCUGCGAGCGUACCGCCGCCAUCUGGACAUACCACCCUAACAAAGCCGUCAUCCUCGCCGGCGAUGAGGCCAACAUCGGUCGGUACCAGUUCAGCAGACGCAUGCUGUCCAAGGUGUUCUGCAAGACCUGCGGCGUCAUUCUGUUGAACCAGUUCAACGAGCUGACAGAGGAGGAGGUCGAGGCAUUGCCGGAGCGGCUGCGGGGGUUUUACGACGGACAGCGCGAGUUUACGGGGGUGAAUGCGAGGGUGCUGCAUGGGGUGGAUGUGGGAAAGUUGAAUACGAGAAAGGUGGAUGGGUUCAAUAAGAUUCCGGGGGAUUAUGUGAAUCCUUGA